CCAGCCACUGUCAGCCAAAUAAAAUAACUUGAAAUAAUUCAAUGCACCUACAACUACUAAUAAUAAGCAGUACAAACCUCGCCCAUCAACUUCGUCGAUCACUAAGGUAUCAUUACAAUUUUCUCCUCGGUACAAACACCAUCGCAAGUCCUUGAAUCGACUUCUCUAUCUGGGGCCCAGUGUGUGGACAAGAUUGCUGCAAGGAGAAAGACGAUCUGACUAAUAAUACGGACACUGUCGUUCGAUCCUACUACUGCAAUAGCUCCCGCAUCGGUUUGUCUCCAUACUCGCUGGCUGCAGUGCUGCUCUCGCAUAUCGUAUCACCGGAACAGCAACAACGGACAAUUCAAGUUUUUGUCGAGGAUUCGGAUUUGUUAGACGAGCUCCGUGCCGUGCAGUGCACAGAGGUUGAAUACAACGACUUCGACGUCGACAGCGCCAGCGAAAGUUGUUGCUACGAUUCGGAACCAUGGUUCAUGUGGAACGGAAUUUUGUAGGCGAUGUUCAUGCCCAACAUGGAUUUUGGGGACCGCCGACAUCAAUUGCGAACUUUUGUGAAGAAGACUACGGCGUCACUUUUAUGGUCGCGGAGCUGAUCAACAGUUUCACCAACCUGGCAUAUGUGUAUUGGGCCUUCAAAACCCUCCAGCCCGGCGAAAGCUUACUGUCGACAACUGCAUUCCCCAACCUCGCACUGUUCUUCGUGGGCGUGACCUCGUUCGCAUACCAUCUGACAUUGAAAUAUGCCACACAGAUGGGCGACGACCUGUCCAUGUUCUGGGUAUGCGCGGCCAUCAUUUACGAGCUAUACACCUUCGACAAGACAGCGGGGUUCCGAAUCGCAUUCGGGUCAACUCUAACGGCGGUGCUGGGCGUCAUCAGUGCAGUCCACUACAAUUUGUACCAACUGUGGCUGCACAACGCGACGUUUGCCCUGUUGGUGACGGCCAUCUGGCCACGUGUGCUCUAUCUUAUUCAUCGACGGUUCGAGGGCCAGGAAAAAGCCUACUGGAUCGGCCGGUUCCGAGUGGGUGGCUUUUGCUUUUUGGCCGGAUUCGUCGUGUGGCUGAUCGACGGCGCCGUCUGUGGCUGGUUGCGGGAGACUAGGAGUCAUGUCGGGCUGCCGUGGGCGUUUGCCCUCGAGUUGCAUGGCUGGUGGCAUAUUUUGACGGCGUUGGGGGCCGGGUAUUGCAUCAGAGUCACUAAGGUGUUGACCAGGAAGGGUCCGGCCGGGAAAUAGACGAUGGACCUGGUCUGAUGAUGCUCCAGUCCCACUGUUUGUGGGCUGGCAGUUGAUCGAGAUAAUUGUACGUGGCGGGUACCUAGAGGACGGAAUGGUACUGUAGAAAUCCGAAUUUCAUGCUUGAGAGACGCCGGCGGUCAGAGAUCUGCUGUGGCUAGUUGUAAGCUGGCAGGCCCAGAAAAAGGCAACGUCAACCGUCGCCUCUUAUGUCCCCAAUCUUCGAUGCCAUGUACCACAAUUCCAUGGAAGUUAAAAGGG